GUUUAUGAUUGUUGCAUCAAUUUUUGCGUGUCUCCAACUUUCUAGCGAGCGAGGGGUGGUAUCACGUCCUUAUGAGUGACCAUUAGUUAGGCCUUCGCUCGUUAGAUGAGCGGUGUGGCAAUUUGUAACCGUGAGUGUUGACCCCGAGGCUGACGUAGCGCGCCGAACAAGUCAGAAUUUAGGACGCGUUUAUCCGUUCCGGCGGACGUCUCUAUUGUGUAUUUGCGGACUGGGUGGUUGUUUUGUGUCGUCAUGUGCUGCUAGUCGAGUAUUCUUUGUGCUAAUGUAAUUCUGAUAUGAUAAACAUUUAUCAUGAAGUGAUAGUGAUAUCAGAUGUUGUCGGCGCGCACUUGUACCGUUACAUUUGUGGCUCGCACUCGAUUUUAUACGAAUUUGUGUCGUUCGUGCAGUGUAGUGGAUAAUUUAUCGAGUUUUUUCAACAUUGUAUGCCCCGCGGCCGGGACGAGAUGCAAGUGAACGUGGCGGGACUCAGGAGAAACAUCAAGAACCUCGCGCACAACUACUCCGAUGCCCAGGUUAAAGUGCGCGAGGCGACCUCGAACGACCCAUGGGGUCCGUCGAGCACGCUCAUGGCCGAGAUCGCGGACCUCACGUACAACGUGAUGGCGUUCACGGAGAUCAUGCAGAUGAUAUGGAAGCGGCUCAACGACCACGGCAAGAACUGGCGGCACGUGUACAAGGCGCUCGUGCUGAUGGAGUACCUCAUCAGGACUGGAAGUGAGAAGGUGGCCAUGCAGUGCAAGGAGAACAUCUUCGCGAUACACACGCUCAAGGACUUCCAGUAUAUGGAGGAAGGGAAGGAUAAAGGGCUCCACGUCCGCGAGAAGGCAAAAUCGCUUGUGAACUUGCUUAAAGACGAUGAGCGCUUGAAGAACGAGCGAGCUCGAGCGCUUAAAGCGAAGCAGCGCUUCGCUCAGAGCGCGAGCGCUUUCGGAAGCGACGAUGCGCUCGAUACUCCGUCCAGCCCCACAUUCCCAGCGCUGGCGGGCGAGUCCCCGGAGUGGGGCCGGUCGGAGCGCGGCGGUGGCGGGGGCGGGGGCGCGGCGUCGGCGCGCGAGGCGGAGCUGGCGCGGCCGCUGACGGCGGGCGAGGAGGAGCUGCAGCUGCAGCUGGCGCUGGCGAUGUCGCGCGAGGAGGCGGAGAAGGACGAGCGCCGGCGCCGCUCCGACGACGUGCGCCUGCAGCUCGCCAUCAGCCAGUCGCAGCAGGACUUCCAGACCGUGCCGGGCUCUUCAGAGAAGAAGUCGGAUUCGUCGCAGUCGCACCUGCUGGACCUCCUUGACGUGAACCUGGCGCCGGGACCCACCGCCCCUAGUGCCGCGCCCGGACUCGACCCCUGGGCCGUCACCUCGCCCAGACACAUGCAGGAGACGUCGUCGGACGCGUGGUCUGGCGUGGGCAGUCCGGCGGCGAGCUCGGUGCCUCUAGCCUCCGCCGCCGCGCCGGACCCCUGGGCCCCCACCGGCGGCGACCCCUGGGCGCCACUUGCUCUGAGCAAGUCUCCGCCGUCGGUGUUGUCGUCGCCGUCGUCGUCGGAGCUGGAGCAGUUCGACGCGCUGUCGCGCCGCCUGCACCACAACAACCACAACAACAACGCGGACCCCGACCCCUUCGACCUCACCGCACUCGGCGACAGUUUGUCCCCGAAGCCGAUGUCGAACGCCGGCAUGGGCGGAGUGGCGGGUGUGGGCGGGGUGGGCGGCGCGGGCGUGAAGAAGUCCCCGUCGUCGUUCCUGGGCGAGAACUCGUCGCUCGUGAACCUCGAGCGCCUGCUGCAGCCCGCGCCCGCCUCGCCCGCGCACAACCCCUUCGCGCCCGAGGCCUUCGCGCCGCCGCCGCCGGUGCGGCCGUCGAUGAACGAGCUGAAGCAGCAGCAGCUGGGCCUGUCGGGCGUGCCGUUCGCGUCGCCGGCGCCGUUCAGCGCGUCCCCCGCGCCCGCCGCCGCCGCCCCCGCCCCCGCGGACCCGUGGGCCCCCGCCCCCGUGCCCGCGCCCCGCGCCACCUCCCCGUGGUCUCCGCACCACCCGCCCGCCAGACACACGCCCAACCCGUUCCUCUCCUAGCCGCCACACGUGCUGGUUGACGGAUAGCACGUUGUCGCGUAGAGAGGAGCGCCACCGCGUCGCCUCACCCGCAGGUACACCGCCCGACCCGACCGCUACACAGCUUUGUAUCGACAAACUCGGGACAACACUAAUGUCUUACUAGGACCACGUGGGCCUCAAUUAUGUAUCAAAUUCACUUUGAAAACAGUAAUCGAUAAUUCGUUACGGUAUCUAAUAAUUUAUUAAAUGAUUUGUGCGUGGAAGGAUUACGUCUCUAAGUGACACAAUAUUGAGGCCCUAUAUGAUGGAAUUAACGGCAAAUUUAAAUCAAAAUUUACGCGUGUCUAUGUCCUGCGUAUGUCAGCUGCGGUCGGACUUUUUUUUAUGUAUAAAUCGCAACACUUGCCGAACUCGAAACGCUAUCAAAAUAUCGACUGUAAUAUCGAUAAUGGGAACAUAUUUAAUAUCGAUACAAAUUCGCUACCAAGAAUCGAUAUUUUAACACAAUUCUAAUUUAUGGAAUAUCGUUUUAAAAAACGCGCUACCUACAACAAAUAUUAGCACGAAUAAUAUCAAAAAGUAUAUCGAUACAAUAUAGUUCUAAAUUUACGUGUACAUAAGAACAAAUUUUACUUAAGAAAUUGCGUAAUUCUUAUGAUUCUAAUUAUAAAAGUAAUUUAAUAACAUUGUUAUAGAGCGAUGUUUUCGGCCCCAUAUCUAAGAAGAGUACGUAUAUGUAGAUAUCGUUUCGUCUGUGUCUGCCACCGACCAUUGUAGGUGCACAGAUGAUCACUUUAAAGCAUAUUUCAGAUGAAAUUACUGGAUAAUAAUACUUAACAUCUGUCCCAAGUUGACGAGCGUGCACAUGAUCGAGAACUUUGUUGUGUGGAAUCGAUCUUUUACAAUAACGAACACGAGAUACCCUCGUCACAUUCAGAGUUUUAGCGAUUGGAGUUCCGCAAGCGUUACGAGUCUACAUUCAGUUUCUGCUUCGGUGAAUCAUAGUGAAAUAUAUAAUUUGGUCCCACGUUUACCAAUACAAUGUGUAUUAUUUUGCAAAGCGGUGAUACAACUUGUCCGUCGGACAUUCUGGUGGUAGUAUAUGAUAUAAGGUAUGUAUAAGACACGGUUAGAGUUUUUCAAUAUACUGUGAAUGUAAUGAAGUGGAAUCUUUCGAUACUAUCAUAGACUGGGACAACGCUGUGACGUCACACGUAGUGUAGGGACGCCAUUUUGUGUACGCGUUCGGAUGCAACGUGUUGGCCGGAGACGUUUGGAAGGGGGUCGGGGGGUAGUUAAAUAUAAUCUAUAUCAUCUCAUUUCUAAUGUGAAAGUAUUUUUUACAAAUUGACGUAAUUGAAGUCGGGCCAUGCCUAAUUAGGGAUGUGUGGAUAUUUAUUACUAAUUUAUAGGGCAAUAAAAUUUUUACUUUAGGUAAUAUAAUUUUAAUUUUGACGCGUAACACAAAAUAUGUGACUGUUAUUUUUAGAUAUUUUGACAGUAUACGAGAUAUUAGAUAUUCACAAAGACAUGGUUGUAUCCGAACGCGUGGACAAAAAGUAGAAAUUAGCAUAGACUAUAGUAGCAUCCAUAGAUAAUUAAAGUUUAGGGCUGUGAACAUUCAACUCGACUCUGGGACAUCGACUAAUUAACUUGUAUGAAAUAAUUAUGAAAUAUGAUUUUCGAACGAUCUAUUUGGUAAAUGUUUAUUAAAUAUAGUAACUCCAAAUUAUAUGAUUUUUCGUUUAAACUUAAACAUAACUUUGUGUCAGAAAUGUUUGUUACAAACAGGAUGUUCUAUUCUUUCGAAAAAACUGGUUCUAUUCUCGGAGUCGAUAAGUGUUUGUAAUCACUUAACACACACUUAUUCGGGAAUCGAGCUCAAAGUUAAUCUAACUAUUAAUAUAUAACGCCAUUAAGUAUAAGUUUACUUUGGUUCGAUAACUGGAUAAGUGCGUAUGAGACUUAUUAACAAUAAUAUCUUAAGUGAUAGAGGGAGGACACGCAAGCAAUGUUCUGUUUCAUGUAAACAUCAAGAGAAGCCUCAUAUGCAUUUAAUAGAUGUGAGAAUUGUACUUACAAUUCUCUCUUACAUAAACAUUUUUAAUCAGUGUUUUAAAUUGACACUAUUUUUAUUUAAAAAUAAUGACUGUUCAAAACCCUGAUUAAAGAAGUUUAUAAGUCGGGAAGUGGGUUUUUUGUGUAUCUUAUUUGUGUAGGUAUUAUACUAUUUUGUGUAAGGAACAUAACAUUGUUUGUAUGAGUUCUCGUCAGCCCUAAAUAAGUAAGUUAUUCGGGUGUUAAGGGUCUCGGUAAGGGUAAAACGACUUUCGCAGUGGCACGCGUUAAUAAAAAUGUAUAAACCAAAAAAAGUAAAAAAAAGAUUUUUCGUGUUUUUUGACAAUAAAAUAUCCAAAAAACGAAUUUUCUAAUGUGACAGAGAUAUAAUACAGUUUAAUUUAUGGAAGUUUGACAUUUAUUUAAUAUAUUACGAUAUAUUUUGCAUUUGUUAAUAUAAGAAUUAUUCUGUGUUAAACGAAAUAAACUGAUCUGUAUCGCUCUGUUACCUAAAUGUAUGUAUUUAUGAAAGAAUAAGAGCGAGAAAUUUUAGAAAUUUAAAUAUACAACGUCAAUUGUAAACAACUACCUCCAAAUCACUGAGAAAACAUAAAAUUAAAAUAACUAUGUUACCUAUCUUUGCUCUAACUUGAGCAUGGCUGGGUGGCGGUAAUUAGAACAAGUGAAGGGAGUAAACAAAGCUAUAUAACUCAAUUAUUUAAUAUUUUAACAAAAAUAAUCAGUAAAUUUUUUACCCUACCCGAUAGAUAGGUUUUUUUAAUAAUUGAAACCUUUUUAACAUCAAUUUAUACAAUAUUUUUUAUUAAUUGACGCUGAUGGAAUCUUGAUUUUGGGGUAUUUUUGCAUUGAGCCAAGUCUACAAUAUUUGUGAUGUCAGUACGAAAGUCGUAAUACCGCAGUCCACAGCGCGAGCGCGAGGCCGCGCGUGCGAAUCGUGCCUUAGAUAACUACAGUUUUGUAUAACUACUGUGUGUGUGUCGCCUUCAGCUAGCUCGCUCGCGUCGUUUAGUUCAAUACUUCAGCACAUUGGGAAGGUUAAUUAGUAUGUGGCCGCUAGAUGCCUUGAUAGAUAAAAGCCUUAACACAUGCGAAAAAUACUGGCGGCUUGUUCCUGGCCGUGUAGCGUCUCUAAAGAAAAAAAAAUAUUUUGUCGUAUUUGCAAAUGUCCAAAUAUCAACGCGAAAAAAGAAAAAAAGAACAUAUUCCUGUUUGAUUUCAUGUGCUUAAAUACUCAUUGUGUUUCGGUGUGUUCAACUAAACGGCGCCAUGAUAAAAUUAUCAUGUGUUUUAUUAGAUGCUAGAGAACAUAAAAUCACUCGCCUUGUGUUUGCGCCCAAACGAAAAUCUAUGAAAUAUUAAUAUAAGUUUGUUAUCGGAAAAAUUAUAAGUUCAUUACCCAAAAAAAAGAAAAAAAAACUCAUAAAAUUAACGUAUGGAAUUUUCAAACGGCUUUUUAACUAAAAAAAUACUUCAUUAAUGUUUGUAAUCCUUUUUUUAUUUGUAAAGGAUUUUUGUGAUGAUACUUUGGUUCAUGUUGUGCCUAUAUUUUUGUAUGUUCAUGUGAAGGUCGAGUAUAGUCUAAGCCAAGUGGAGUCCAACGCAUCGCGCUUUAUCGUCUGUAUGUUGUGCAACGUAUUCCAAUUAAUAUUGUAUUUGCGUACAGCUCAUUGGCAGCGAAUUUGUAUAAUAUUUUUUUAUGUAAAACAACGUAUCGAAUAUUUUAUGGAUUGUUAAUAUUUUUGAUGGCACUUAAAUGUAUGAGGGUCAGUUUGAAAUGAGUUUACAAGCUAAUAGGUUUUUUCAUUUUAAGGCUAGCAAUAUGAAUUAAUUAUUGAGGAGCGGUAUGAAGGAAAGCAAGCAUUUAUAAUUAAUUAACUUUAUAAAUUUCUGUGAUUUCAGUUUAAUAUCUAUACAACUAGUUUAUAAUAUAAAAAUUAUACAAAUUCGCUAAAAUGACAACAAAACAAUACUGUGUAUGUAUUCAUACAAAAUCAGUACCGUCAUAAAAUUAGUGUCGUUAGGGUAAAUUAUGUACGGAUAGGUUUUGACUUUGUGUUGCCAGUCUGAGAGGUACAGGUUUCCUUGGAGUACGUACAAACGCAUUUUUUCAGUGGUUAUGUGUAUAAAUUAUUAAGUUUUAUAAUCAAGUUCUACAUUUUUUUGUUAAUCUCUGAAGUAAAAGUACUUUCAAAAUCGCAUGUUAUUAAGAUAGAUACUUGGUUUGUGCAUUUUUUGACGUAACUAGGUGCGCUUGAUACUUUAUUUUAUUUCAAAGAAACCUGUGCAAAUAAAUUUAUUUUUAAUAAAAACGAAAACACCAAUUAUAUGAGCAAUUAAAAACUAUUUUUAUGAAAUAUUUUUGUAGUCUGGCAACACAAUUGGAUGUUUGUUUAUUUUCCUUUGCUUAAUUAACUAGCCGGUUCGAAAGUUUAUUGUUUAUCAUUUUUGUAGAUAAAUUAUUUCUUUAAUAUAUUACUUUUUGACCAAUAAAAUGCAUCGCUGAUAAUACCAUAAUGUCUGUAGAUAGGUAUGAAACUGUAAAGAUUAAUGUAACUAUUUAAUUAAAUAUAUGUAAGUUUUUCAAUACAA